AAAUUCGAGGAGUGGAUCAUGAAAAUUGAAUUGGAUCUUUAUCCAUAAGAAACAGAAUGAGAGAAAGAAAAAGGAUGAGAAAACCAUUUCAGAAUUCAUAAUCAUACCUUUUUCCACUCUGACGCCAUUUUAUUAUUCAUUCAUAUUAAUAUUAGGCUCUCACCCUCCAUUCCAAUUGCUAUUAGAUUCUGCUUCCAUUUUUUUUUUCUCUCUACACCUCUUCUUCUUCACUUCCUCUUUACUGUUUGUUACUUCAAUUUUGUGAUUCGUUCUUUCUGGAUUCAAUUGAGUAAAAAUCUGCGUGGUUUGAGCAAUGGAUGUUAAAGCUGCGCCGAGGUUACAACUUUCAGCGGUGGUUCAACCCGAAAGUAUUGGAAGAAGACCACCCAGCACAUGUCGUUUGGGUGUGUCUCGGGAACCGCAGAGCCUUCGGGUUUUUGUUUCGUCAACGAUGAUGCGCCGCAGAACAACCGCUUUGGAGGUUUCCUGUUCUUACGGCAACAUUUCAGCUUCAAUAUUGGAAUCUGGAAGUGUUCGUGCUCCUCUUGAUGAAGAGCUGAUUCUAAAGAAUAGAUCGCAAGAGAUCCAGCCAUAUUUAAAUGGACGCUGUAUUUAUCUUGUUGGAAUGAUGGGCUCUGGGAAAACAACGGUGGGGAAGAUAAUGUCACAAGUGCUUGGUUAUUCAUUUUGUGAUAGUGAUGCAUUGGUGGAGGAGGAGGUUGGUGGAAACUCUGUAGCUGAUAUAUUCAAGCAACAUGGUGAAACUUUCUUUCGUAAUAAGGAGACUGAGGUGUUGCAUAAGCUAUCCCUGAUGCAUCAACUUGUUAUUUCUACUGGUGGAGGUGCUGUUACAAGGCCCAUCAAUUGGAAAUAUAUGCACAAGGGAGUUAGUGUUUGGUUGGAUGUACCAGUGGAAGCCCUGGCACAGAGAAUUGCAGCUGUAGGAACUAAUUCUCGCCCCCUUCUACACUAUGAAGCAGGAGAUCCUUACACACGGGCUUUUAUGCGUUUGUCUGCUCUUUUUGAAGAGAGAGGUGAAGCAUACGCCAACGCCAAUGCCAGGGUCUCAUUAAAAAAUAUAGCAAUAAAACUGGGCAAAAGAGAUGUGUCCGAAUUGUCUCCAACAGAUAUUGCAAUUGAGGCGCUAGAACAAAUUGACAACUUUUUGAAGGGGGAAGGGGGCCGCUAUGCAGAAUGCUAGUACAAGCUUUGGUUACAAGCUUCUUUUUGAUUGUUCAUAUUUUUUUUUAUGCAAUUGCGAUUAAGGUCAUGCUGUCGACCUCGCUUUUGGUAAAAAAAAAAAAAGGUGGUAAUGCAACAUGGCACUUGUUUAUGCAUAAUUUGUGUUGGCAAAUGGGCAAAAUCCAACAGCCAAUUGCAACAACAUUUAAUUUAUGUUCUGUUUAUUGUUGAAUGUUGAUGUGUGUGUGUAUAUAUACUGGAGAACGAAGUGUUGUAAUCGGAGUUGGGUUGAUCAAUUUAUGUAUGCCCUCCUCUAAAGAGGUUUGUAUGUUGUAAAGUGACACGCAUAUUUUAAAUUCUUCUUUAUCUUAUAUUUAUCUCC